UUCUUUCCCUAAAGGACAUUAGUGAAACAAAUGAGUGCUGUGUUUGCACUGUGUCUGGUGUGUGGGUUUGUGAUUUCAGACUUUUACUUGGCCAAUGUACCCAGCAUCCUUUGCUGUUUGGCUAAGUUAGCAAUCUAUCUGUAUUUUAGCAGCCAGUAGGUUGCUACAAGUUCCCAGAGCUAUUUUAUCCAGAACUACCAUGAAGAGACAACAAUUAGAGUGAAUCCAGAGGGAACAGUUUGUUAUAUCUAUAUAUUUUAAGGGUUUUCCAAGGGCAAUGAAGAGCAAAAGAAACAUCUUCACUUCUAUUCCUUCUUACCACUUAAUGUCCAGAUUUCACCUUCUUAUGACAUGCCCCGCACCAACAUCCUGAAGAGGCCACCUCCUGUCACACAAAAUUCAACUUUCCACCCCCAAAUGCCAGAUAAAGAUUGACAGCACAUUCAGAUUGGGAAGUUCAUUUGGGACUAUGAAAUGAGGUCCUGGAAUUAAACAGGCCGUUCUCAUGUUCCAAGGUUCUAAAUUGAGCGGAGAUAUCUUAAUCCUUAUUGCCAAACUAUUGCUUCAUUUUGUGCACAGUAGUGUGAGGGGUAAAAUAUGAAUACUUCAAUAGAUGGACAAUUAAUCAUUGAACGAUAAUGACAGUAACUGUUAAUAGAAGUCUAGAUGUUAUUUAGCUCACCAUAGCAUAGAAACGCCAAUAUUUAUCUUGCAAUGCAUAUUUAAUGGUUAACAGAUUCAUGUUUUACAACAACCAGUUACAUGAUUUUUUAAAUGAAAUUUUAUUCUGUAAUUCAUUACAUUAGGUUAAAAUCCUUUUAGAAAUGUGCAUUGCUGAAUGGAAUUCCUGUAAAAGUAUUACAUAUCUGAAUGAUUGACCUCAUUUACUUUUUAAGAAAUGAGUUGCUUUUCCCUUUUUGUUUUCAUAUAUCCCACAUCGUGUAUUCUGUUCUUUUGGUACCAGUUAGUUUAUCAGUAAAAAUAUAAAAGCAAUCUCCAACACAGGUCAGAGCAAACAUAAGACAAGAAUUAUAUGAAUCUGUCAAUAUUUAUGAACUCUUCCUGUUCAAGCAGUGGUAACACGAGCUUUCAAACAUUGAUCACUUUCCAUGAAGGUUCUGGUAUCUGAUCCUGUCACUAACAUUAAUUACAGAAGGGACGAGAGCAAAAGCAAGCAGCAAAGGGUGACAUGACAAAAUAGCCACCAAAGAUUGAUUGACUCCAGAGAGUUUAAAACUGUGCACUGAGGAGCUGAGACUCAGCAGAGACAUCAUGUUCACCUGGACGCUCAUCUAUGCUCUGGCAGUUCUGUCGGCAGCCGGUCAAUUGAAAGCUCUCCCAGUUUUUCCUGAGAACUCCAGGAUACAAGAAGAAUUUGACCCCAAAAUGACUGAGGGUGCGGUUGGAUUUUUGUCAAAUGACAUUUCCUCUCUUGGAGCUAAAAGAAUGUCCAACCUGUAUUCUGUCCUUCCAAAGCAAGAGGAGACGUUGCUUGAUCUGGGAGGAGCUGGUCUUCAGCAAGAAACUGUAGAGCCACUUGGAGAUAAUACCAAACUGAUCGAUAACAUGAUGAUGCUGCUGUGGAAGCUUACUUCUACUCAAAAUCUUCAACCACACAGAUUCACAAAACCUGCUCAGGCUGCUCUGAAAUCCAGUAAGAGAGCCUGUUUCUGGAAAUACUGUGUUACCGACUGACCGACCUACUCAACACCAUAACAUCCAGUCAGCUCUACAAAAUGCCAAAGCCAAUCUCUCAGUAAAAUUCCUAUCAAACAGACCCUGCCUUAUCCAAUGAGAGGCUGCAGCCCAGAGGAUGUGUAAAUACUUCUGUAAUUAAACAUCUAUGAGCACAAUAUGAAUAAAUGAUACUUUUGUACUGAAUUAAGUUCUGUCGUUCCCUGUGAAUUGGAGUGGACACGCUACCCAAAGAUUGCAUAGAUAUGACAUGUUUGUCAAGCUUGUCAUCUAUUAGAAUCAAUGAAAUGGUCUCAAAAUAAAAUAUAAGUGGCGAUUAAGGA